AGAAGCAGGGACGGCGGCUGCACAGGUUUCCUGACCUGGUGAAGAGUGUCCGGCUGUCAGUGUUUGUCCUCCACGGGUAAAUGAAGGCGUCACACCAGGCGGGAAUCGUUUUCUGACGGUGUUGGUGAGAACAGCAGUCGUUUGUUUUCUACGAACAGCCGCACGCGCUGCCGGGACACAGUCAUGACGGAAUAGCGUUAAAUAACCGGAGCUUCACGUUGUGUGUAUAAGAGAUGGCAGCAAACGGCAGGCUUGUGCUCCAGAGGCUGUUUAACGGAGUCAGAGCUGUCCGUGUUCGGUGUCCGAGCUCCGCUUCGACCUCCAGUCAAGGACGGCUGCCGCUCAGAGCUCAGCCCAGACAUGUGAGCUGCUCAGCGGGACUGAACAGAGCCGCCGCCUCCUCAGGUCCCAGCAGUUUGUCCUUCAGGAGUCACACCUGUGGAGAACUCCGAUCAGAUCAUGUGGGAGAGAAAGUCACUCUGUGUGGUUGGGUCCAGUAUCUCAGACAAGACCUGUUUGUCAUCCUGCGAGAUUUCAGCGGCUUGACACAAGUUCUAAUUCCUCAGGAACAAUCUGCAAGUAACUUGAAAGCAGUGCUGUGUGAUCUGACAGUCGAGUCUGUCGUCAAGGUUACAGGAACAGUCAGAAAACGACCAGCGGGACAAGAGAACAAGGGGAUGCCAACAGGAGAAAUAGAAGUUCUGGCUGAAGAUGUGCAGGUUUUUAAUGUCUGCCAGAAGCUGUCUUUUGAAAUUAAAGACUUUGUCAAAAAAUCAGAGGCUUUGCGGAUGCAGUAUCGUUACCUGGACCUGAGGUCGUCGCAGAUGCAGAAAAACCUCAGACUGAGAUCUCAGCUGGUGAUGAAGAUGAGAGAAUAUCUCUGUAAUGUGCACGAUUUUGUGGACGUGGAAACGCCUACUUUGUUCAAAAGAACACCAGGGGGAGCCAAGGAGUUUGUGGUUCCAUCCAGAGAGCCGGGUCUGUUUUACUCUCUACCUCAGAGUCCACAGCAGUUCAAACAGCUUCUGAUGGUGGCUGGUGUCGACAGGUACUUCCAGAUAGCUCGCUGCUACAGAGAUGAAGGCUCCAAACCAGACAGGCAGCCUGAGUUCACCCAAGUGGACAUAGAGAUGUCUUUUGUGGACCAGGCAGGUAUCAUAUCCCUGGUGGAGGGUUUGCUGCAUCACUCCUGGCCUGCAGAGAAAGGUCCCAUUAAGGUUCCUUUCCAGGUUAUGAAACAUGAAGAGGCCAUGCGGGACUAUGGUGUGGACAAACCUGACACCAGGUUCAGCAUGAAGCUGAUAGACCUCAGUGAUGUUUUCUCAUCCACGGAAAUUGAAUUCCUCCGAUCAGCUCUCAGCCAACCAGGAGGCUCCGUUCAGGCCAUCUGUGUCCCCAGUGGAGCAAAAGUUCUCACUGGGAAAGAGUUGGAAGAACUGAAACAAACAGCCAAGACUCAGUUUGGGCAGGAGCUGAGCCUGGUGCUGCUCAGAGCAGACGGGACUUUAAAGUCUCCCCUGAAGAAGCUGCUGUCAGCCUCCGUCACAGAUAAUCUGCUGAAGAGAACUGAAGCCAAACCAGGAGACCUGCUGCUGAUAGCUGCCGGCUCCCUCCACACUGUGCGUCCGUUGCUGGGUAAUCUUCGCCUGCAGUCUGCUCAGCUGCUGGAGUCUCAUGGCGUUUCAAUCCGCGACGCUUCGGCCUUCCACUUCCUGUGGGUCGUGGACUUCCCUCUCUUUGUGCCGAAAGAAGAUGAUCCAGAGGAGCUGGAGUCAGCACAUCAUCCGUUUACAGCCGCACUGCCAGAGGACGCUCACCUACUCUACACAGAGCCACACAAGGUUCGCGGUCAGCACUAUGACCUGGUGUUGAACGGAUCUGAGAUCGGAGGAGGCUCCAUUCGCAUCCACAACGCCUCAGAGCAGCUUCAUGUCUUAAAGAAUAUCCUCAAGGAGGAUCCCAGCCUUCUCUCCCACCUGCUGGAGGCUCUGGCUUCAGGAGCGCCGCCUCAUGGUGGCAUUGCUCUGGGUUUAGAUCGACUGGUCUCCAUCAUGGUCGGGGCUCCGAGCAUCCGUGAUGUUAUCGCCUUCCCCAAAUCGUUCCGUGGUCAUGACCUCAUGAGCCGAGCACCUGACUCAGUAUCUGAGGAGGAGCUGAAGCCUUAUCAUAUCUCUGUCAACUGGCCAACUGAGCAAGGAGGAGGAGGAGGAGAGGGGAAGUGAGGAGAUUAAAGCGACAUCACAUUAAGGGACAGCGUUUUCCCAGAUCUCUGUAACCCUGACAACAAAGAGGAGAGCGCGAGGACGAAGACUCAUAGAUGUGCAGACGACCAGCAGGCAGCUCAAAAUUGAAGACUGUGGGAUCACUGCCAGCUGGCCAGAAAAGAUGAGGAGGAAGAGGGAAUCUGAGGAGGAGGUGAUGUUGUGGCUGCAUCUCACUACUGAUAGUUUGAAAUGAAGAGAAAAGGCUGUGUGGAAACAGGAAACGCAGCGGACAUCUGAAACACUGAUAGGUUCAGCAAAGAAGAAAAGCUUUCUACCAAGUCUCAGCGGAAACGAAAAAGCCAUUGUGGAGAAACUGAUGCUGCAUCUUCUUAUAAUUGUGGUGCCUCACUUCAUCCUUUGGUAACAAAGUUUCUAUAAAACAUGGUCAUGUUUCAAGGACUUGUAAUUCUGCUGACUCUAAAACGCUGCUCAUCAUGUACUUGUUUGUGUUGCAUGUGACAGUUUCUGCCCUUGGUGAUCAUUACUUGGGAUGCAAACCAAAUGUAACAUACAGGGAGCUUUAUUAUACUGUAUGUCCAAGUUUUUUUUUUUUGAUCUGAUAUCAUUCUCCCAAAAUUAAAGCUCACUGCAUUUCCUCAAAUACCCUUUUGAGGCUGACUCCAAAAGUGAGUCAAUCAUCAUAGACUUCCGUGUUAAAGUGUCCCAACUGUACUACAGAAAUAAACAUUUCUACAGCUGGUACAAUA